AUGGCAGAGAGUGCAGUGCACUUUGUACUGAAAAAACUUGCACCUUUCUUUGAAAAGGGGAUGCAGCUGUUGGUUGGGGGUCGGGAAGAAGUUGCAUAUGUGAGGGGAGAGCUGGAGCGGAUGAGGGCCUUUCUGAGGGUGGCAGAUGCGUUGGAGGAGACUGAUGAGGAAGUGAAGGUAUGGGUUAGGCAGAUAAGAGAUGUUGCUCAUGACAUUGAGGACAUUCUCGAUGAAUACAUGCUUCUCGUAACUCAUAAUCAUGGAGAGGGGCUCUACGGUUUUCUUCACAAGAUGUCUUGCUGUGUUAGGAACAUGAAAGCACAGUAUCGAAUUGCUUCGGAGAUACACGGCAUCGACUCGAGGAUAAGAAACAUCUGUGAAGGGCAUCGUAGGCUUCGUCUGAAGUUCUGUGCAGAUGAAAGGUCAAGCUCCAACGGUGUGGAUAACACAUGGCAGGACCGACGAGGGGAUGCCCUUCUUUUGGAUAAAACUGAUGUAGUUGGCAUUGAUGAGCCCAAAAUGAAGCUUGUAGGAUGGCUGGUCAAUGGUGGUUCAGACUACAAAGUUAUUUCGCUAUCAGGGAUGGGAGGACUGGGGAAAACGACCUUGGCAAAGCAAGUCUACGAUGAUCCAAAAGUGAAGAAACAUUUCAAAGUACACGCUUGGAUCACGGUUUCUCAAUCUUUCAAGUUUGAUGGCCUCCUUAAAGACAUGGUUCAACAACUCUCCAGAGUAAUCAGUAAACCAGUCCCUGAAGGAGUGGAUAGCAUGAGCAGCUAUCAGCUCAAAACAAUCAUUAAAAACUUGCUGCGGAAAAGAAGGUACCUAAUCAUUUUGGAUGAUGUAUGGCGCAUUAACGAGUGGCAUGCAAUCAAAUUUGCCUUGCCUGCUAAUGAUUGCGGCAGUCGAGUAAUGCUUACCACGCGGAAUGCUGACUUAGCCUUUUCUUCUCGCAUAGAAUCUGAAGGAGAAGUGUACAAUUUGGAGCCUUUGCCACCUGAAGAGUCCUGGAGCUUAUUUUGUAGGAAAACUUUCCGUGGAAACUAUUGCCCUCCCUAUUUAGAGGAAAUUUGUAAACAGAUCUUGAAGAAGUGUGAGGGACUGCCCCUUGCCAUUGUUGCAAUCAGUGGUGUUUUGGCUACAAAAAGCAAGCGAAGAAUAGACGAAUGGGAAAUGGUUGGUCGUAGUCUUGGUGCUGAAAUUGAUGGCAAUGAUAAGCUUAUGAAUUUGAAGAAAGUAUUGUCACUCAGUUUCAAUGAUUUGCCAUUCUAUCUAAAAUCAUGUUUCCUGUGCUUGAGCAUCUUUCCUGAGGAUCGUCCGAUUGAGCUUAUGCGACUGUUACGACUGUGGACGGCAGAGGGAUUUGUUGAAGUGAAACAAGGAAAGACACAAGAAGAAGUAGCAGAGGAUUUCUUCAAUGAGCUCCUAAACAGAAGCUUGAUCCAAGUAGCAGGGACAACCAGUGAUGGAAGGGUGAAGUCGUGCCGCAUUCAUGACCUUCUGCGAGAGAUCAUUAUUUUGAAGUCGAGAGAACAGAACUUUGCUGCCAUAGCAAAAGAACAGAAUGCAAUGUGGCCAGACAAAGUUAGACGCCUCUCAAUUCAUAAUACAUUGCAAAAUGUACUGCAAAAUAGAUUUGUUUCUCAACUACGUUCUUUAUUCAUGUUUGGGGUGGAAGAAAAUCCAUCCUUGCAUAGAUUAAUUCCUGGAGGUUUUAGGCUACUUGCAGUGCUUGAUUUGCAAGCUACAGCUAUAACGAAAUUUCCAGUUGAAAUUGUCAACAUGUACUAUCUAAAGUACUUGAGUUUAAGGGAAACCAAGGUAACAGUUGUUCCAAGGUUUAUAGGGAAGCUUCAAAACCUUGAGACCUUGGACCUUAAGCAUGCCUAUGUUACUGAAUUGCCAGUUGAGAUCCUCCAGCUCCAACGUCUCCGCCAUCUUCUAGUCUACCGGUACGAGUUUGAGUCUUAUGAUCACUUCCACUCAAAAUAUGGCUUUAAAGCUCUUGAGAGAAUAGGAGACCUGCAAUCCCUUCAAAAGCUGUGUUUAAUAGAGGUAGACCAGGGAAGUGUUAUAUUGGCAGAGUUGGGGAAGCUCACUCAGUUGCGGAGACUAGGCAUUACAAAGUUGAGGAAGGAAGAUGGGAAGAAAUUGUGCUCGUCCAUCCAAAACCUGUCAAGUCUUCGUGCUUUGUCUAUUAUUGCAAUUGAAGAAGAUGAGAUCAUCGAUGUUCAACACCUCAUUUCUCCUCCUCCAUUGCUUCAGCGGCUGUACAUGAGAGGCAGAUUGGAGGCCUUACCGCACUGGAUCCCUUACCUUCAUAGCCUGGUGAAAGUAUAUCUGAAAUGGAGCCACUUAGCGGAAGAUCCACUGGCAUCUCUUCAAAACCUUCCGAAUCUUGUUCAUCUUGAACUAGUUGAGGUUUAUGAUGGAGAAACGUUGUGCUUCAAGGCUGGAGGAUUCAAAAUGCUAAAGCAUCUAGGCCUUGACAAGUUCGAUGAACUCAAAUGGGUGCAGGUCCAGGUGGGAGCAAUGCCCUGUGUUCAAAAGCUAAGCAUUCAGCGAUGCAAAUCCAUGGAGAAGGUACCACUAGGUAUUGAAUAUUUGACAAAGCUGAACGUACUUGAAUUUUUCGACAUGCCUCAUGAAUUGAUCAGGACACUUCGCCUGGAUGAACAUGGUGAAGAUUAUUGGAGAGUUGCUCACAUCCCCGAAGUGUAUUCUACUUACUGGAGAGAUGGAGCGUGGGAGGUUUACUCUUUGGAGACUUCUAGUGAUGGAGAGAGCUCGCCCCGGCCCAACACUGUCAUAUGUUGCCAAGAUCUUCAUGCACGUUGGAAAUGA